AUGGAAUUCGUCACGCCAACCCAGUUUCCAGUCAUUCCGACUUAUACCGUCAUGAACUCCGAGGGCAACCUCGAGGAUCAACAACGACAAAAUCCCGAGGUCUCUGAAGAACAAGCUCUCGGGUGGUAUAAGAACAUGUUAACAUACCACAUUAUGUCAGAGGCCCAACGGCAGGGGCGGUUAAGCUUCUAUAUGGCAGCUACUGGUGAAGAAGCUGUCAUGAUUGGCUCAGCUGCGGCCUUGGAGCCACAGGAUGUGAUAACAUGUCAGUAUAGGGAGACUGGCGUUUUCAUACAGCGCGGGUUCACUCUAGAAGAUCUGAUGAACCAAUUGACGUCGAACAAGGAUGACCCGGGAAAGGGAAGGAAUAUGCCUGUCCACUAUAGCGGGAGAAACAAAGUUGGUGCUCAUGGAAGACUCUUCAGUCCCCCAGCAGUUGCAGCCGCCUACUUUGGUGACGGUGCAGCAAGCGAAGGUGACUUCCAUGGUGCAUUGAACAUAGCGGCCUUACGGCAAUGUCCAGUGAUUUUCAUCUGUCGCAAUAACGGGUACGCAAUCUCCACGCCAGCAUCAGAGCAGUAUCGAGGCGAUGGAAUUGCCGGUAGAGGAGCAGGGUAUGGAAUUGAUACCUUGAGAGUAGACGGCGCAGAUAUCUUUGCAGUCUAUGAAGCUACGAAAGAAGCCCGCAAACGAGCCUUGGAGAACGGUGGUCAACCGAUUCUCUUGGAGCUAAUGAGCUACCGCCUCUCACACCAUAGCACUAGUGAUGAUAGUGCAGCCUACCGCUCAUCCGACGAGAUGGCCAGCUGGAGGACGCAGUAUAACCCUAUCGACAAACUACGUAACUGGCUUAUACGUCGAAAAGUUUGGGAUGAAAAGAUGGACUUGCUUACACGAAGGGAAACCAGAGACAAGAUCAUCAAGGCGCUAGGGGAGGCUGAGAAGACGAAGAAGCCUGCACUGAAGGAGAUCUUUACCGAUGUCUACGCCGAGCUAACGGAGGAACAAGCAGAACAGAGGGAUGAACUCAAACGUCUGAUCACCAAGUUCCCCGGUGAAUACGACAUUGGCCUUCAUGAGGGGGGGUUAGAGGGGCUCUGA